AUGACUAGUAAUCUGCUUCUCACUUAUCCUAAUUUUGAGGAACCGUUUAUUCUGACAACGGAUGCCUCAAAUGUCGCUAUUGGUAAACAGAACGUCGUAGCGGACGGCCUAUCCAGGAUCCCAAAGGCGGAAAUCAACAACCGAGAGAUGGAGAACGAGGUGUACGAGGACGACAACCUGUACGGAACUUCACCUGUGAAUAGGCUACUCUUGCUGACGAAAGGACAGGCGGACAUAUAUAUACACGACAUAAGGCGAAAUCCCAUUGUGAUACUUCCUAUAGGAACAGCCAGAAUUUGCAACAGCUAUCUGAGAAUUAUACACCCAAUCGAUCUAGAUCCAAUAGAACUAACCAUCAACGAUCUCUAUUUAAAAGCUCAAGAAAAAAUUGUUAACGAUAAAGUUCUUAAUCCCAUUAUAAGAUCAAAAAUUGAAAAAUUAUCCCUAUCAUUCAGAAAGAUUAAAAUCGUAGAAAAACGAGUAAAGCGCUGGGACAGCUUAGGAACAGGAUGGAAGUAUAUUUCAGGAAGCCCAGACGCGGACGACUUAAGACUAGUGAACGCGACAAUUAAUACAAUAAUCGAUCAGGAAAAUAAUCAGAUUAAAAUUAACUCUGGACUAGAUGUUAGGAUCAGGAAUAUUACAUAUAGCAUUAACUCACUCAUCUCAAGAUACAACGAUCUUUCAUCAGACGUCAACGAAGGGUUUUCAUCUAUAAACCUACUGCUCAAUAUGGACGAACUCACUCAGCAGAUAGAGACUAUAGGAGAAGCCAUAACCUUGGCUCGUUGGAACAUCCCUAGCAGUCGCCUGAUUAGCCUAAAAGAAUUGACCGUCGCUCAAACUAUGCUGAAAGAACAAGGAUUAGACAUAGCCACAGCGGAGAGCGUACUAGAGAUUGCACGAGCAUACGUUAUAACAACUAAGAAUUCUAUAAGGUAUAUCCUGAGAAUACCCAAGCUAACGAACGAAAUUUAUUCUCUCUACCAGAUCGAACCAACAAUAUCAAACGGAACCAGAAUUCAUUUAGAAGCAAACUAUUAUUUGAACGGAACAACGCCUUACUCUACAAGAUCAACAUGUGAUCGGAAAAUAGACCAAUUCAUAUGUCAUUCUAAUCAGCUCGAACCACCAUCGAAAUGCAUCCAAAAAUUGAUGAGCGGUUCGUCAGCACAUUGCCCGAUGGAGAAAAUUUAUGGCCAUAACAUAAUAAAACGAAUCAAUGACGCUACAAUAAUCAUCAAUGAGGCGAACAUCGUCUUAAAGUCUAACUGCAGCAUGCAUAAUAGCAGAUUAGAAGGAUCGUACCUCAUCCAGUUCUCAAAAUGUGCAAUAUUGCUAGAUGGCGAACAAUUUACCAACACUAACGUGGAAAUUCCCAGCAAAGCUUUCAUUCCAACUACCGGAUUGAAGGUACUCCAUAUGGCGCAUCGAGACGACAUCCACCACCUCAAUCUUACCAGUGAAAGCAUCCACACCAAGAUUCAGCUGCUUCAUUGGAUAUCUUUUGGCUCAAUUUCGGUGUCAACCCUCGUUGUGAUCGGAAUUACGCUAAGCUGUGUCAUCAAAAUACUAUUGACCAAGAAGGCAACUAUCGUUAUUCAACAAGGCAAUCAGGAGACGAACAACAAGGAUGAAGCUAAUCCAUUAGGCGGAUCAACGCGAAGCAUCAACAUGGAUCACCCGACCAGGCAACCAAGAUUCAUCCCACAAUAG